UCUCUGCCAGUUUCAUGCAACAGAAUGUUAAUUAAUUUAUCUCUCCGAUAUAUAUGUUAACAAUUAAUAUUGUAUUUCUCAUCAACUGAUUUCCUUAAUCAUCCUCCUAAUAACUAGUUAAUUAAUUAUCUGAAACAAUGUAUCAAGAAGAUGCAUGUUCAUGCUUGCUUUCUAAUGCCAAGAUCAAUGCUGCAGAAACUUCAGAUUCAUGCGACAGCUUUUAUAAUCCGUUUCGUUUAGCUAAACGUCCGAGGCUUGAUCUUAAUAACAACAUUACAGUUGCAGCAAAAUUCAAAGGGGUGGUGUCCCAGCAAAAUGGACAUUGGGGUGCACAAAUAUAUGCAAACCAUCAGAGAAUUUGGUUAGGGAAAUUUAAGUCUGACAAGGAAGCAGCUAUGGCGUAUGAUAGUGCAGCGAUCAAUCUUCGAAGCGGAGAUUCACAAAGAAAUCUCCCAUGGACUGAAAGGAACAUUCAAGAGCCAAAUUUCCAGUCCCAAUACAGCAUAGAAGUUAUAUUGAGCAUGAUCAAAGAUGGGUCUUAUCAACCAAAAUUUUCUGACUUUCUCAGGAAACAAUCAAGAAGACAAGAAGCUGCUGCUGCUGCUGGUUUAAGUCUUAAUAAUAAUAUCAAUAAUAAUCAAACAGGGGUUCCUAGUGGUGAUGGGCAAUUUUCUUGCAUACAGCUCUUUCAGAAGGAACUUACACCAAGCGAUGUAGGUACGCUUAACAGGCUUGUUAUCCCCAAGAGAUUUGCCAUUAAAUACUUCCCUUGUAUAACUGGAAAUAUGGAAGAAGAUGAUAAUGGAGAAGGAGGUGAGAGAGAAGAUACAGAACUUGUAUUUUAUGACAGGCUAAUGAAGUGCUGGAAGUUCAGGUAUUGCUAUUGGAGAAGCAGCCAAAGUUUUGUGUUCACAAGGGGUUGGAUUAGGUUUGUCAAGGAAAAAAAUUUGAAGGAAAAAGACGUCGUCACUUUCUAUGCUUGUGUUUCCCCUGAGAUUCAGAGAGUUCAAGAAGGCCACCAAUUUUCGUUGAUUGACAUUAGUUACAGCAAUGGCGGCCAAAGCUGUAGUGUGGGUGAUGGGCCUUGCGAGAUUGAUGAGAUGCAAAAAGAAUUAGAACUCAAUUUGGGACAAACUGUUGGAAAAAAAUUGCAGAAGGAUCACCAAGCGAAAGGUAAUAGAAAAAGAGGAUUGGAAUUGAAUAACACAGCUAAAGGAAAGAGGUUGAGGCUUUUUGGGGUGAGGAUCGACUGACCAUAAAAUCUUAAAUUUCCACAAAAGUUUCAAAGAUAAACGUCGAAGGAAACAGCGACAAGUAACUAGAUGCAUAAAAGAAAAGAACUUCCUAACUGCAUUUCAUUCUCUGAGAACUUAAAACAAACACUUGGUUUAGACUAUUUACUUGUGCUAUUAUCCUUCCUCUCCAUAAAUUAUCCAAGUACAGAA